AUGGCGCCACGCAGGGUCGCGACAACGUCCUCGCACGACUAUGUGUCUCUGGUGCCCCUACCUCCCCCCACGGAAGAAGACGACGACGGCGAAGACGUCGGACAACGGCCGCCUAAGCCCAAAAAGAAGAAAACAUGGCAACGCUUCGGUCUCAUGAGCUUCAUCAUCCUGCUUCUUGGCUCAGCGAUACUACUUUUAGUAUUGCUUAUCCUAUGGAUUCUCUGGAAAUCAUCGAUGAGAGCGGCUGAUGGAGGCCCGGCAGAAACACCCUGGGUGUACAUCUUCCGAGCAAACCGAGUAACCACUCUCGUUGCCUUAUGUACAGCAGGCUUAAGGACAGUUAUAGGCCUCCAGUCAAGUGUGGCUACUGGGAUGCUUGCGGGAAUAAUCCUGGAGACAGUUGGCGCCCCUUUGCUGAAGGCACCAUUCUACUCCAUCAUCAGGGCUGUCAGUGUCGGCCCAAGCAACUUGUUGUCUACGGUACGCUCCAGGCCUAAAGAUGCUACAUCAUUUUUGAUAUACACGCUUGUGGUCCUUGAAGUCGUCUUGACGGUAGCCUCCCAAUUUCUCUCCGCUAUCCUCACGACCGACUUUGCGGAGGGUACAUUCGCUAAUAUAGAUAACUCUACUGACGUCCGGAUCUUUAUACAUAAAAGAAUAAGAUUAGAUGGAAUCAACGCCAACUACUGGGAACUCCCACCUGCGGCCAGUUGGACAUUUGCUGAGUCUUCUGAACCGUUUACUAAAGGAGCGAGUUUUGAUGAUACGGGACACACUUAUCGAGCUUUCCUCCCCUUUGAGGACGAGGCUCAACGAACCAGAUUACGAAAAUUCCGCGGCCCGGCUCAUGUUAUCGACAACCGCGUAGUCUGUGCGAAACCUUCUUUGCUAAAUCUUGGUCUCAUCCAGAUAUCCAAUGCUCCUCGUUGGGCCUUGUCGGGCCAAAUAGCUAUGGAGACUACGAUAUACCCAAUAUUGAAAGAGGCUGAACCGGAGAAUUAUAUUAAUUUUACCUGCGCUUUAGUAACACCGACAGUAUAUACAGAAGUUACGGCCGGGGAAUCGAGCCUGUGUGCUGUAGAUUCAAAAAAUUGGACGAUACUGCUGGAAGAUCCUUUGGUUGUUCCUGCUGUCGAUGAUGGCAUCAACAUUUCUCCAAACGAGGUCGGCCAUCCCAAGGGAUCAAGAAUGUUCAUGAUUUUGGACAUUGUUUCUGCGUCUCCAAUACUGAGAAUAACUCAUAACCAAGAUUGCAAGGUUGUCCGCAACGACGGACCCUGGGUGAUGGCAGCGGGAGAGGAAGCGACGGAGACUCUCCGGAUCACAGCCUGCAUGACUAACCUCACACCAAAGACCUUCAUUGUCGACAUCCAUAGCGCUUGGGAUAAUCCUGAGCCCAGGUUGACCUGGGACUACGAAGCUAAAAGAUACAAUACAGAGGCAGCCCGGCAUCAGCUAGGCGCGUCAUUGAUACCCGAGAGUUUCGAGACAAGGCGAGUGCUGACCCUAUCGCCGAGGUCCCAAUGGCAAGAUUUCCCUAAUAAGACGGGAAUGUGGGACACGACCUUCUAUUUUGACGAGGUUCUUGAAGAUACAUUGAGAAGAAGUGAUUUGGAGAACGGAAGUACAGAUGCGGGUAUAAUACUCUCUGAAGGGAACCAAAGCAUCGACAAGAACGCAUACAUAUCUCAUAUACAUCCCUUCCAAGACACAUUACAUGAUACGAAAAGCCCGGCUUUGGCACUCCAAGUACUGUUGGCAAGAAUUACUCAGAUGGUCUACUAUGUGGAUUUUCUACGAUUGGACAACAAGUCAGAGGCAUUGGUUUCGUUCUCCUCAACGGCGUUGAUCCCAAUGAAGUGGACGGGACUUAUCGCCGCCACGGCUCUUACCGUGACGCAUUUAGCCGUAGUAGUUAUUGUCACAAUUCUUUACCUGAAGUGUACUAAUGAGUCCCUGUUGGGGAGCUCGUGGCAAGCUAUUUCACAGGUCAUCUCCGACGAGACCCUUCCCAUAUUAGAGCAUGCGGACAGAAUGAACGAUGAGGAUAUUAGGCGCUGGGCCAAAGGUCAAUUUCUCGACGCUAGAAACCAUCAGGUUAUCAGAUGUCGAAGCACGGGGCGCGUUUGCUUGGGAAACAAAGGAGAGAAGGCUUGA